AUGUCGAAUCGCGUCCGAAAUGGCCGUAUCGGCAAACGAAAGUCUCCCGAAAAGAAGCACAACCCGAAUCUUACUCAACUAUACUUCUUCAAACCCACUGCGGACAACCGGCGUUUACGCCCUUUCAACAAGACGCCUUACAAGCUUGACUUCUCCGUUCAUCAGGGCCUCACCCUCGACGAGGUGGCCUGCAGGAGAGUGGGUGGCCCUGAAUUUAUCAUCUGGGAUAUCCUUGGCGGAACUUUCGAUUUGGCCAGUCGUCCUGACCUUGUUAUCGCCCUACGCUCGCUUCCUCAUAUCUGGUACAUAGAUGAGAACUUCAUGAAUAUCGAUAGAGGGCUCGCCAGACGAGGCUUUAAAAAGGAGAUCAUUCCCGGAUCGCACUAUAAGAUCUCCUGGCGUAGCGAUCCCAGUCAGGUGAAAUUGUCGGCUGACAAGACACCAUUCGACCACUUUAUAGAGAUGAAAUCGCCUCACGAUGUAGAGGACUGGACAAUGAGGCAAGAGGAGGUUAGUUUCAAUGCGGAGCCCCUCGCUACUCUGCUACCUCGGGCAGCGAAUACGGAACAGGGAAGGGCCUGGGAUGUAUAUCCGAUACUUCGACUUGAACGCCUGUUCAUUGAUGAUCCAGAGAAGAAAGCCACCUAUCUCACUAUUUCACCCGCCGGUAUCACUACAAGCCCAAGCGGUCAUCCUCUGAGACGACAACGAUGCUUCCUUUAUGUCACUAUGAAGCUCGAUGAGGAGGGAAAAGAGGAGGGCUGGGCAGAAAAGAUGCUGGGCCUACCAUUCCACUUCUCCGGGGCUUUAUACAGCACCGACACCGUCGACUUGGUGGAGACUCGUUUUGAGAAAGUUGACGACGAGGCUGUCAUCAAGAAAGGCCUCCGCUUCGAGUUAAGGGGCACUGUUGACAGCAUCGACGAAGCCAAAAUAACCGUCAAGCCAGAUUGGUUGGAUCGCCGAGCUUUGGAAAAUGAAGACAACCGGGAAACUAUGCACGUGAUCUUGCAGAAGGAUGUUGAAGUACCAGUGGUUGGGGAGAAGUAUCUGAUUAAAGGCAUCAUUCCGCCACCUGUUCACGAUCAGUGGGGGAGUAGAUUCGAUUUGGAGGAUGGCAAGCUACCGGAUGGAGUCUGGAAGGCAUUUGCUUUUGAUCGCAUCAUCGAGUAA